AUGGUCACAGAGUCUACAGCCACUGCUGCCAUUACUGGGGAGCUGAUUUCCGCUGACAAAAUUGAAGAUGCCCCAGCUCUUUCUACCUCUGCAGAUAAAAUGGAGACCAGAAUGGAGAGUGGAGUGUUGGGGAGUGCCUUGGAGAAUGCAUGCAGAAAGGAAGAAGAAAAGACAGAAGAUGAAUCUUUGGUUGAAAAUAAUGAUAAUGUAGAUGAGGAAACAAGGGAAAAGUUGAGAGAACAGGUUUAUGAUGCCAUGGGAGGAAAAGAAGCCAAAAAGGCAGAAGGCAAGUCUCUGUCAAAGCCCGAAACUGGCACAGAGCAGGAAAGUGAAGUGGAGAAGGGUGGACGAGAAGAUAUGGAUGGAAGUGCGCCUGCAGAGGAGCUACAGGGAAAAGCUGAAUCAACUUCAAAGCCGUUAACUGAAUCCUCUGGAGAAGCAAAAGAAGCAGCAAUACCAGCACUGAAUGAAGCUGAGGUCGCUUCUGGGAAGACAGAGCGGGCAUCAUUGUGUGCUGAGGAAGGGAAAUCAGUUUCUGGAGCUUAUGUUCAAAAUAGAAUUCAGAGAAAUGGUGCAUCGGGAGAAGGAGAGGAAAUAAUAAGCAUAGAAAAAAAGCCAAAAGAAACUUCAGAAGAUCAGUCUGUUGGGGCUCCAGAAAAGCAGGGCACUGCCAUGAAGGGAGAAGCUGAAAGAGUUGAUGCCGCAGUCAAGUCGGUGGACGUGGGUGGGGAGGAAAUAGUAAAGGAUCAGGUAGCUACCUCUGAGAGUGAAGUAGGAACGGCUGUUCCUGAGGAACUGUCAGGGCAAGAUGAAGUGUCACCAGCAGUGGCUGCAGAGGCUGGGUUAGAAGUCUCUGAGAAGCCAGGGCAGGAGAUUACAAUUCUUCUCAACAAUGGUUCAGUUGACGGGCCAUCAGCCACAGAAGAUCAGACUCCUAGGGAACCACAGACGCCUACAGACAGACUGACAGAGACUAAAGAUGGGUCAAGCGUAGAGGAGGUCAAGGCAGAGCUGGUUCCUGAUCAGGAGGAAGCUAUGCUACCGGUGGAAGAGUCUGAGGCAGCUGAAGAUGGGCCUGAGACCAAGGUCGCCCAGAAGGCCACGGAGAAAGCACCUGAAGAUAAAUUUAAGAUACCUGCUAAGGAAGAGACACAAGAAAGAGACGAACAGAUGAAAGAGGGUGAAGAGACUAAAGGCUCAGAGGAAGAAGACAAAGAAAAUGACAAGGCCAAAGGAAACACAAAUGAAUCAGUUCUUGAAAAUAAGUCUCCUCAAGAAAGCGAAGAGGAGGAGAUUGGGAGGCUAGAACUUGUCUGGGAUAUGCGGGAUUUAGCAAAGAUCAUUUUUAAAAGGCAAGAAACAAAAGAAACCCCGCUUUAUGCUGCACAAGCCCAUCUUAAACUUGGAGAAGUUAGUGUUGGAUCUGAGAAUUAUAACCAAGCUGUGGAGGAGUUCCAGGCUUGUCUAAGCCUCCAAGAACAAUAUUUGGAAGCCCAAGACCAUCUCCUUGCAGAGACUCACUCCCAGUUGGGUUUGACCUACAGUGACAACUCUCAGUAUGGUGAGGCAGUGGCACAGUUUGACAGAUUUAUUGAAGUCAUUGAAAAGAGAAUGGCUGUACUAAAUGAGCAGAUGAAGGAGGCUGAAGGAUCAUUUACUGAAUAUGAAACUGAGGAGCUGAAAGAACUGCUACCUGAAAUUAGAGAAAAGUUAGAAGAUACAAAGGAGUCUCAGCGCAGUGGGCAUGGAGCUGAGCUGGCCUUGAAAGCUACUCAGGUCGAGAGCUCCUCUUCAGCUCUCACUGCUGGUGGAGCAGGCGCCUCAGUCUCCAUGAUUGCCAAUAGAAAACCAACAGACGGUGCUUCCUCGUCCAAUUGUGUGAUUGAUGUUUCCUCUCAUCUUGUUAGAAAAAAAGAGGAAACCAGAGGAAGAGAGCCCCAGAGAGAUGAUGCAAAGAAAGCCAGGCAAGAGCCGGAGCUGAGCGGAGGCAGUGGAGAUGCUGUCCCCAGUGGACACAAAGUUUCAGAAAAAAUGGAGGCCGAGGCCGAGAAUGAGGCUAAGAGCCCGGCAACAGCAGAGGGGACCGUGGAGUCUGCAGCUACAGCUGAAGGCACUGCAUCUUAA